UAUAUAACUAACAGGGCUUGAGUUCGUGCCUCUGACGAGUCCUGCCCAGGUAUUCCUUCAAGCACAGCGUGUCGUCAGCUCAGAAGACCUAACUCUAGAAUGUUGGAAACACCGUUUCUGCUCGCCCUAGCCUGCCUCGCGGUUGGCGUCAUCGGGACCCUCGUUCAGCACCGCGAGAAGAACCUGCCGCCGGGCCCUACGCGUAUUCCGCUGCUGGGGAACGCAUGGCACGUGCCGGUGGAGAAGUCGUGGAUGUACUUCCACUCGCUGUGCCAGAAAUACGGACCUAUGGUCAUGCUCAAGGCACUUGACAAUGAUAUACUGGUGCUGGACAACGCGGAGGACAUCCAGGAGCUGCUCGUGAAGCGCUCGAACAAUUACUCGUCGAGGAAGCAGCUCAUCUAUGCAGGCAAGUACCGCUCGGGAAACAAACGCCUCGUUCUCCUGCCCUACGGACCACUUCUUAAGAAGUAUCGCGCUGCUGUGCACACGAUGAUGAACCCGAAGGCUGUCGGCGCAUAUGAGCGUCUUCAAGAGCGCGGCUCGAUGGUGCUGCUCCAAAGUAUCCUGAACGACCCUAGCAAGGCGUACAUCAACAUCAAGCGGUUCACCGCGGAGACGCUCUUCACUCUGAUCUACGGCAAGGGCUUCGGGAGCGAGGAGGACCUGCGCACUGUGCUGCACAUCCUCGAGACGUUCAUCCAGGACAUGCACCCGUUCGCGCACAUGGUCGAUAGGAUGCCCAUCCUCGAUUGGCUGCCGGACUUCCUGGCGCCGUGGCGCGACGAGGCGCGCAAGAAGGGCGAGUACGAACAUAAGUUCUACAGCCGCCUUCUCAAGGAUGUCAAGGCACGGAUGGACUCGGGCGCGCACGUCCAGUGCUUCGCUGCUAACCUCUGGGAGAACGUGGAGCAACUUGGUCUCGAUGAAGACUCCUUGGCGUAUGUUGCUGGCUCCGCAUUUGAGGCGGGAACAGACAACACUGCUGGAGUCAUGUUGUGGUUCCUCGUGGCCAUGAUGCACUACCCUGCCGUGCUAAAGCGGGCGCGCGCGGAGCUCGAUGAGGUCCUCGGUGCUAAUGGCGAUACUGCGCCGUGCUAUCACCACCUCGAUCAACUCCCAUACUGUUUGGCGCUUGUCAAGGAGGUACUCCGAUGGAUGCCAGUUGCUCCGCUGUCAGCACCCCAUUACAGUCUGAAAGAUGACGUCUACAAGGGCUUCCGCAUUGGCGCAGGGACGACCGUAAUACCGAACAUCUGGGCUAUCCACCACGAUGCGACCCUCUUCUCUGACCCGUUCGAGUUCAACCCCGAGAGGUUCCUCAUGGCAAAAGAGGAUAUACGGCCUGAGUCGUCGUUGAAUGAGGGACACUCUGCCUUCGGCUUCGGGAGGAGGGUUUGCCCUGGGCAACACUUCGCCGCGAAGUCCGUCUGGGUUGGUAUGGUGCGCCUCAUGUGGGCUUUCGAGAUCAAUCCUCCCAUGGACGUCAACAAGAAGCCCAUCUUGCCGGAUGUCGGUGCGUGCCGUUCAGGGCUGACUGCUGAACCGGCACACUUCGACGUCGUUCUUACCCCGCGCUCAGAGCGGCACAUUCAAACCAUUCAGCGGGACUCCUGAACGUUCGGCAGGUUAUAGUAGACGCGUCGCAAAUGUUCCAGUCCCGUAUAUACGCAAGAUGUGUUCGACGCUCUGUAUUGCUCAUUGACUCCGGGUCAUGUGUAAUUUGUGUACUCUUGACAAAUGUCAUGUCUGUCUUCAGCGGUUGCUGAGAGUUGUCAUGCUG